GAGUGUGAGUGUGACUUUUACUGCAAGAAAAUAGAUAGGACAUAUACUUGCUUGUAGGAAAAAGAACUCGACAGCGCCGCACUCUACGAAAGCAAUCCCUCGCCCUUCGUCACCGAGUUUCUUUCACAGACGCACACUCCCCAACAACCCCUACCGAGUACUUCAGCCAAACGAGCACACGAUACUGUGAGGAAUUUCAAAACUACAAUCAGCCUCGAAGAAACCUACUGCCUUCCUGCAUCUCGAGUGCCCACGCCUGCUCGAGCACAAAGCAGCUUCAACAUUACAUUCCCUUCGACAUCGACAAGCAUAAAUCAGAUACAUCAUGUCUUCAGCAGGACGCGGUCGCGGCGGCAAGUUCAACAAGGUCAAGCGUGGAGGGGGUAAGAAGUUCUCCCGAGACCUACAGCCGCUCAAUGCAGAUGGCGAGGUCGUAGGCAUGUGGGGUGAACAACCCUCAAAGGUCGACGAAGAGUCGUCAGAGGAGGAGUCCUCGGAGGAAGAGUCCAGCGACGACGGCAGCAAACCCGCGGCAGAAGAGUUGACGCGCGAGCAACGCCGUGAAGCCGCAAAGAAACGCAAGGCUGCCGCAAUAGCAAAGAAGUCGCAGAGGACCCCCGAAGCAGGCGACCUCCCCACUGAUUCCUCCGAAGACGAAGACGACGACAUGCCCGCAAACCCCAACCACACUGCAAAAGCCCGCUCCCAAGCCGCUACCAUCCCCGUUGCUGCAGACGCCGAGCCCGCCGCGGCUACCGCAAAGGGCAAAGGCAAACAGCAAGACCUGUCCCAGCUAUCCCGCCGCGAGCGUGAAGCAAUCCAGGCACAGAAUGCCAAAGAGCGAUAUGAGAAGCUACACGCAGAGGGAAAGACGGAGCAGGCGCGUGCGGAUCUAGAGCGUUUGGCGUUGGUGAGGGAGCGCCGGGAUAAUGAGGCUGCGCGCAAGAAGGCAGAGGCAGAGGAGCGCGCCGAGUUGGACAAGGAGAAGGCGGGGGCUUUGGAGCGCGAGCAGAGGAGGAGGGAUCAGGCUAUGGGCAAGGCUCAGCGUCUGGCCAAGGGUGGAAAGAAGAAGUAAAGCUCCCUGGAGACGUGCCUCUUUGGAUCCGCCAUAGCCAUUUAUCGAAUGGGGCACGUCAGCUCUGGGAGCUGGCAUUCAACGGCUCAAUGCUUGCGUUUUGCAUAGCCUGCGGAUGGGUUUGGCCUUUUGGCAGCUGGAG